CGCCCCGAACUCCUGCCAUGGGCCGCGCGCUCCUCUGCCGCGCGCCCCGACUCCUCCUCCGCCCGGAAUCCUCCAUCGGCUGCCGUUCCUCCUCCACCGCGCCCGACUCCUCCUCCGCCGCCGUGCCUGCGCCCCGACUCCUCCAUCGGCCACCGCUCCUCUACCGCCGCGCCCGACUCCUCCUCCGUCCCGACUCCUCCUUCCGCCGCCGCUCCUCCAUCGGCCGCCCGUGGACGACUCCUGAGUCUGAUGGCAAUGGGUCAGAUGUAGACAAGGACAAGGAUGAUGGCCGAUCAAAGGCCAACAAGGCCAACAAGGAAGAGGAUGACAAGAUGAGAACAACAACAGCAAAUGUUGCAGCCCGAGCUGCUGUUGGGGGGAUGAUGUACUCUUACUUGCAUUCAGUGAUCUUCCUUUCUUAAAUGGAAUAGACCAGGUAUACAAUUUGGAGGUUUGAGUUUCAGGGGGUAGUAGAAGAUUUGGGAGCCCCCCCCCAGCCAUAUCGCAGUCCAAAGUUGCACGAAAUAUUUCUCAAAAGGAUAUAAUCGCUGUUUUGGAGAGGGAGCCUCAAAUGUCGAAGUCUACUCUAAUCUAUCGCUUGUAUGAGAAAUUAUCUGGUGACUCUGUUGUGGAAAAAUUGUGUCGUAUAUGAAAUGAAAAUGGUUUGUUGCAGCUCUGCUGUUUGUAUCUUAUGUUGUACAUAUUCAUGGAUGUUGUAUACUGUAAGCUUUCAUGACUUAUAAGACGCGUAAAGUUCUGAAAACAGUGUAUAACCAUGGGCUUUUGUUGGAUUCA